CUUUUAAACUCUACCAUGUGAAAAUAGCACACUUAAAUAGUUCAAUACAAAUACAAUCAAACAAUUUUCGCAAAUUUGGUACAACUAGUAACUUGGUUAGCAAAUUAACUAUUUGUUCGGUAUAUUUUAAAUAAUGCAACUAGUCUGAUAAACCCAUUUAGUCACAGUUUGGCCCCAUGCCCGUGACCCAGAGCAAAGCUCAAUUGAUUGGUAAUCUACAGCUUUCUUCAGAUGCUAUCAUACUGAAAGCAAAGCCAUGAUCGUUGAUUGGUAUGGUUAUUAUCAAAAGACAUCACAUUAAGACGAUGACGACAAAGAUGCUUCGUGUUGUUUGUUCUCGGGCUCUGGGAAGUCAGUUCAGGCGACAAUAUUCUAGUGCAUUGGAACAGAAUUGGAAAGAUCGUCAAGAUUUGGCUGCCUGUUACAGAAUCAUUCAUGAUUGGCCUGGGUUCCAGGUGGGGGCAGUGUUUAACCACCUGACAGUGAGAACUAAGAGCUCCAACCCAGACUACCCGGAUGGACAAGAUGUUCUACUGGUGGUGGGGGAGGGGGUGCACUGGGCAGAAGUGACAGCCUCCAAUCUAGUGGAAGUGGAUGUGCAAACUGGGUUCAAGUUAGUCCAGGGCAGCAGUCUUCCAAUCAUGACUGCCAGUGUCAUCCACAGUGGCAUCCACAGAGACAGACCCUGGUCCAAGGCACUGUUCCACCUUCACCCCACAAACAUUACUGCCAUCUCCUGUCUAGAAAACCCCAAAUACCCGAUUGUUCAUCAGGACUUGUCCUUGUUACAUAACGAGAUCGAAUUCGACUCCCAUUAUGAGAGCUCCUACAGGGAAGGCAAGAAAAACGAGGAAGGCAGCAGACUAUCGGAGGAGCUAGGGGAUAAGUCAGUUCUCAUCCACGCAAACCACGGCGCAUCUAUUCUGGGCAGGACUAUUGCGGACGCCUUAUCCUUCACAUACUAUCUCGAGUGGGGGGCUCAGUUGAUACUGACUGGACAAGCCACAGGUCGAGCAUUCAAACAAAUCGCAGAGGAGGAAAUCCUAGCGUUCAAGAAAGGAACAGUCAAAUACGAUGAGAAUCAGCUGUUUUUUGAAGCGUGCAGGCGCUAUAUUGUGAAGAAAUAUCCAGAACUUUUGUACUAAACCAUAAACCAUAUGAUUUAUUUGCUUGUGCUGAAAUUGAAAAAAAACGUUCUUCACAUUU